GGGCUCGGGAGGCCCUGUCCGCACCGGGAGCUGCAGAUGGCGCAGGCAGGAGACGCCCGGCUGAGGGCCGGGGGGCAGUGCUGCGCGAGCACGGCCCUGGGGCGCGCGUCUUGGCGUUGGGCCCUAGCGCUGCUCUGGCUGGUGGCGGCCGCGGGCGGCCCCUCCCGGAGCCGAUGGCCGGUGCCCUAUAAUGUCAAGUAAGAAGGGGACCAGUAAGUGUUGUCGCACUGGAAUUCAGCCACCGCACCCCCUCUAGUCCUAUGGCCCUGGACUUCUCAAGCAGCUUUCUUUUCUUGUUACCUUAUUAUAACCUCCUAACUGACCUCUCACUAUUUGUUUGGCCGUAAUCCCCACCUUCUCCUAAUUCAUAAAAUAAAGUUUUGUUUUAUAGCAAAUUCAGUCCUAUCAGAUGUGCUACUUAAAAUCCCUGGCGUUCCCCACACCCCUCCCCAGGACUCCCUGGGGUGCGGUUCUCACUGCCUCCCACCUGCUCUCAUGCUCCUCCGUGGAAGCCAGAAUUCCAGUCUUACUUACCUGCCAGGACUCUUCCCCAGUGUCGUGUCUGUUUUAUAGUACUUACUGAUUUUUCUCCUUUCCUGUGCUAACCUUUGGAAGUAUUCGAAAAACCUUGGCCAGGUCUUCACUCUUUUCUUUGCCCUCCUCACUCCUACCCAUCCCACACCAGGUAAAAAUGACUUCUCCCUCUUUUGUGCCUAUAGGACUCUGUGUAUUUCUUCAGUUUAGCACUUACCACACUGCGCUUCAUUACUGGUUUAGUCUUCCUACCCGACGCUCCUUGAGACGCUUUUCCUUCCGUCCGGAACCAGAUCCUUACUGUCAAGCUAAAUAUACUUUCUGUCCAACUGGCUCACCUAUCCCAGUUAUGAAGGGUGAUGAUGUCAUUGAAGUCUUUCGGCUACAAGCCCCAGUGUGGGAAUUUAAAUAUGGAAACCUUCUGGGACAUUUGAAAAUUAUGCAUGAUGCCAUUGGGUUCAAGAGUACUAUAACUGGCAAGAACUACACAAUGGAAUGGUAUGAGCUUUUCCAGCUUGGAAACUGCACAUUUCCCCAUCUGCGACCUGACAUUAAUGCUCCUUUUUGGUGUAAUCAAGGAGCUGCCUGCUUUUUUGAAGGAAUUGAUGAUGCUCACUGGAAGGAAAAUGGGACAUUAGUUCUAGUAGCAACCAUAUCAGGGAACACAUUUAACAAAAUGACCAAGUGGGUAAAGUGGGACAAUGAAACAGGGAUUUAUUACGAGACAUGGACUGUCCAAGCCAGUUCAGAAAAAGGGGCGGAGACAUGGUUUGAAUCCUACGACUGUUCCAAAUUUGUAUUAAGGACAUAUAAGAAGUUGGCUGAACUUGGAGCAGAGUUCAAGAAGAUAGAAACCAACUAUACAAGAAUAUUUCUUUACAGUGGAGAACCUACUUAUUUGGGAAAUGAAACAUCUGUUUUUGGGCCAACAGGAAACAAGACUCUUGCUUUAGCCAUAAAAAAAUUUUAUUACCCCUUCAAACCACAUUUGUCAACUAAAGAAUUUCUGUUGAGUCUCUUGCAAAUUUUUGAUUCAGUGAUUAUACACAGACAGUUCUAUUUGUUUUAUAAUCUUGAAUAUUGGCUUUUACCUAUGAAAUUCCCUUUUGUUAAAAUAACAUAUGAAGAAAUCCCUUUACCUAGUAGAAACAAAACACUUUCUGGUCUAUAAAACCUUAGUUCUACUGUUUUUUUAUCCUACACCAGCAUAUUGAUUUUUAGGGAGUGGUUUUACAUUUGUGGAUUUCUUAGGCCUUUCUUCUUUGGAGCAGAACAGUAAAAUGCACAUGGGUGUAAUUGCUGCAUAGCACCAUCUCAGGACUUUUCUUUUUAAAGGAGCUAAAACUCUUGUUAUAUUGGCCUCACUGUAUGUGAGCACGUUAGGUGAUCUUGAUUUUAAUCUGCAAGCCUUUGUUAAUAUAAAUUAUGGUUCACAAUCAGAUUUGUAAGAUCUUUUGGCACAAUAUCUUUAAAUGGUGGAUAUGAUGUGCUGAGAUUUAAAAAAUACCCUCAGUGACAUUUUCAUGAUGGGAGCUACUUUUUUCUGUUAUAGUAGUUGUGCUUUCUCAUUGAAGUACUUUUUGGUAGUUUAUCACCUGACUUUACAGCUUUGGAACAAGGUCUAGUAGCUUGAUUUUGUUGCAUUUACUUAACUUUUAAGACUAAUUUGGACACAUAGCUGGAGUGAUUGUGGUAAAUCCAUGUGCUAAAGACAGUAUUAGAAAGCGCUACUUUCUGGCAUUUUAGAACGAGCCAGUAAACUCCUAUUUUGUGAUUUAAGCAGCUUAACAUCUCUGAAUGUUAGUUUCCUCAUCUCUGAGAUAAUUCAUCUGUCAGGAUUGUUGUAAGAUGGAAGAAGCCAUCUGUUUGGCAUUGUAAGGUACAGUAAGGUCACAGUAAAUGGUAGCUGUAAUGAUUAAUCAAAGAACAAAACUACCAUCCUUGAUCUUGUUUAAUAUAGUUCAUGUGCCAGUCUUUUCUGGGUUUUGUAAUAAUCACCUAGACUUUGAGCUGAUAGCAUAGCACUUCUAGUUCUUCAAACAUACAGGGCAUGGAAGUAUCUGGCUACAGACAUGUCUGGGUGAAUGGGUGCCCUCUGACUCCCUCACUGCUUCGUGUAGUCCUCCCUCUGCCCACUAAAGGUGCCAGCUCAGUUGAAAGGAGGUGGAUUUCCCAGAAAAAGGCUUAUGUCAAGGAUCUCCAAGUAGCCGUGUUCCCAUUAGGGCCAUCAAACAAGCUUUCAAGGGCCUUGAAAAAUACCAGUCAGUAAGAUUAUAAAGCAGAGACAAUCUGUGUUUAAUAUGUAAAGGUUCCAAUUAUAUAAUUCAGUUUUUAAUGUUUGAGUGCUUCCUGAGAUGUUAUAUCAGUGAGUUCUCAUAAAAAGCCUGAUCAUAGAUCUUACCUAAUUCAAAUGAGUAAACUGGGGCUUAGAAAGGUUAAGUGACCUUUCCACGCUACCCAGCUAGUGUAACGGAGCCACAUUUUGAACCAGGUUCUGUUGGCUGAAUGAGAUGCACUGUCACACAAGUUUUUCAGCAAAGUGUGGUCCUCAGACAGAUCCUGCAGCAUGUUAGUAACACAGUUGCUGUGUUAGUAACACACUGUGAGGAGAUAAGUAUAGAUACUGAGAGGAAGCAUUUAGAAACUUUUAAAGCAACUUGUUAACUUUGUUUCUGUUGAAGCUAAUAAAACUGGGGCUUGUAUUUUGUGCGCAUUUCUUUUGUUGCAGGAAUUCACUUUUUUUCUUUUUCAAAACUGUAGGCACUACAGCAGUCUAAAAAUACAGCCCUUUGCCAGGUAAGCUUGAACAGUGCUGCAAUAUUCUGCCUACUGCACAGUGGUAAAGCCUUAUAUAGGGAGAACUUUCACUGCCAUUUAGCUUAUCUACUCAGGUUAAUAGUGCCUACACAUCCCUAAUAAAUUUUGCCUCUUUAACGUGCUAGUUCUCUUCAUAACAUGUCACAAGAAAACUUGUAUCUUUUCAUUAUCACCAUCUAGUGGGUAAAACUGGGCAGUGCCAACUUUUAUGUGAUUCUCAGGAAAACUGCUCUGAGAAAACAGUAUUUUGGAUUCCCAGAACUGCAAGGGGGGUUAACAGCAAAAUCUCUUGUGCCAAAUUUGUGUUAACUAUAAAUCACAGAACUUGGUUCCACAGCAAAGACAAAUGAGGACUAUGUGGAACUUGACUUUUAAAACAAAAUUCUACUAGUUUUGUUAAAAAAUGCAUUCAAGAUUUUUCACUAUUCCUAAAGAUAUUAAUAAAUGAAGAAAUUCUGUGAGAGUAACAUACAGACUCAAGUGACUACAGUACAGAGAGCAUAGCAUUCAUGAAAGUACUUCUUCAGAAUUUAUCAAACCUCUCAACUGUACUUAUAAGAUAAAGCAGGGCUUUGGAGAACAUGCUUUCCAGAUGGCAGCUGGGAAACAAAAACAUGGCAAGACAGGAAUUUGCCACAAAUUUUCUUCCAUUUGAAUGACUGUAUAACUUAAAAGUUGUAUGUACUUUAAAUUGUAAAUGUAGUUCAAUUUCCUCAAUUUCUAAGACAAACCAUUUUGUUGAAGUUUGAAAUAUAUUAGGGCUUUAGAAUAAAUGUAUCCUCACUCACUAAUUCUGGUUUAGUAUUUAGGUUAAGUAUACCCACAAAGUGUCAUCAAAUAUAUUUUUGUAGAUACAGGAAAAUAGUCAAAAGGUGAAAAUAACUACUCAACUUCCAAUAUUUGGAACCCUCAAUAUUGGCCCUUUCUUAGAAAUAAAAAAAAAAA